CAUAACCUCAAAUAAUUUUGCUAUUGUUUAGAUGUUUUGUUUUGUUUUGCUUUUAUUUAGUUUUAGUUUUACCAUAGAUAAAACAUACUCCCCCAAGGUUUUACCAUUGACUAUUGAUAUAAUAAGCAAAGGUUUUACUAUAGGCCUAGUUGCGUUUGUGUAGGCCUAUGUGGAACUUACUUAUCGUUUGUCAUAUUUUUGAUUAGUUAACUUAGUUGUAACUUAGCCUCUAACUUGUAUUUUAGUCUAGAUUCUAGAAUAUAUGGUUAAAUAAAGAGGAAGAGGGUACGGUAGGUUUUUAGUAUUAUCUGGCCAAAUAAUAUAACAAAAAUAUGGAAAGUCAUCCACAGGAAAUGAGCUUUGUUAGGUCAUAUGACGACUUUGCAGCUCGCUUAAAUGAGCAUGAAAUUACCACCCACACUAAAUAUAUAUUAGAGAAAUCCUACAAGAAUUUUAGUGCUGACAGAGUAUACCCAACCACAGAACAGAGAGUUCACUGGCUGAAGGAUAUUCCAUACUAUCUGUUUUCUACAAGAACUUACUAUUGCCAUCAAGGGAGAGAUAAAAAUAAAAGCUUCAAAAUGAAAUACAAGGCGAAAAGAGAUAAAAUGGCUCUGGAGGACCACUCUUUUGUCAAGAGAUACAAGCAAACGUAUGUGACAAAAAAAUUGGACUGCCCAGCUAAAUUUCAUGUCUCCAGAGUAAUAAUGAUGCCAGAACACAAAUUUCAUGAGUCAGUUUCAAGGAGUUAUCAGAAAACAAAGUUUUCAACUGUUUUGAGAAGAAAAAUAGAAAAUGGCGAAAGUUUGGGCGAAGAAGGCUUCAUAUUCAACUUGCCCACUAUUCAACAGCAUGCAAACCACUUGACUGGUGAAAGCGCUGCAUUUACUGAACCGGUUGAUAGAAGAGUAAGAGCCUACAUUGAUGAGCUAGUCAUCAGAGGUGAACGGAAUGCUGUAGUAAUUUCAAAACUACUCAAGUCCUACGUUCAAAAUGAACUUCAACAAAAAGACGAGCUCAGAAGAAGAUUUUAUCCAAACAUGAAAACAAUUAGAAAAUUAGUGUCAUCAUCAAAAUUAAAACUGAGGAAGAGUCCAAUUUUUCAGCAAAACACAGACUUACUAGUUGAAAGUUUAAAUAACAAUGAUCUGGUAUGCUUCAGGCCCAGCACCCCAGAAAAUACUAUGGAGAAUGCUGAAAAUUCCAGUCCGCAAUAUGAAGAAUUGCCUAAACAAAGUAGCAAAAGGAUGAAGCUAACUAACAAAAACAACGCAUUGUUGAAAUCGCUCCAAUCUAUGCUUCAGUAUCUUGGGGAGAACAUGUUGGAGAAUCUACACAAUUCAUUAGAAGAACUCAUUAACAAGUAUUCUUCUAGAAUUAAAUCUGUUAAAAUAAAUAGGUUGCCAGUAGAAGUUAAAGCCAACACCUGUGUAAAAGAGAAGAAGCUGGAACUUGGUGAAAAAGAACCAACUGAUGGUGUAUGCUUACUUGCGGAUAAUAUGAAGGAUUCUCAACAGUUGGUGUUUGAAGAUGACAUUUGUGUUUUGGUAUCAGGAAAAGUUCAAAUGUAA